GUGAGGGGAGAAAAAGCUGAGUGGCAACAGUGCAGCCUGUCAGCAGGUAUCAGUGGAAUCACACAUGUGACGUCUCCAUCGGGACUUUCACGGCACUGAGAUCAACUGAAGAAGACACUUUGGACUUUAGGAGGUUUUAUCGCUCCUGUUUGUGAAUUUCCUUUUUUUUUUUCUACAUUUUUGAUUUCUCAUGCUUUGUGUGUGAUGGCUAAUGUUUCAUCAGUUGAUGUGGGAGUUUUGUUUCUUAUCGUGGUUACAGCAUCUCUGGCAAACGGUUCUUCUUCAAGCAACGAUGUGAGCCAGAGGAAGGAGGUGGAGCCAGCCAAGCUGGACGAGCUUGUGCCCGGUGGUGUGGACGACCUCGCCAGUGUUCCCUCUCCCAGUGAGGUGAAUCCAUGCCCUGCCUGUGAGCCGCCCAGGCCCAGGAAACGGGCGAAGAGAUGCACGUGUUACACCUACAAAGACAAGGAGUGUGUGUAUUACUGCCACCUAGACAUCAUCUGGAUCAACACACCAGAGCACACUGUCCUGUAUGGUAUGUCCAGUUACCAGGGUUCACUGCGUAUGCGGCGCUCCGCUGGCACUGAGAAGCAGAGGAGGAGGAGGAGGGACGCGGAGGCCCAGCGCUGCGUGUGUGCACGGCGGAACGACUCUGACUGCAGCAGCUUCUGCAUGAACAGGCAGCGGAGACAACUCCUAGAAGAACUCAAAAUACACAAGAGGAGAGCAACUCUGCGCAGUGGCCCAACUAUGAAACGAACGAACAGCAUUUGAAGCGGACUUUCUGCAGACGGACAUGUGUUUGAAGUGCGCUCAGUGACUCGUCGUCAGACUGAUGGAUGAAUAGCCGCAAGAGCUGCUCGCACAAAAACUGAAAGUGAGCAGGGAUGCUAACAGACAGCUCUCUCUGCCUCUGUCUGUUUGGCUGGUGCGGAUGAUGGUUUCCAUUGUCCUGUCACAACUGAGGAGGGUUUACAUGGCCAGUUUGUGUCGGCAGUAAAAAGACUUUGGAAGAGCGUGUUGCUCACACAUGUUUGUGCCACGCGGAUGUCGAGGCAACUUCAAGAGCUGCUGACAUGUGACUCCACCAUAUCAGCUGGUGUUGUUACAACAUCACACAAAACACAUUUUACAAAACUGUUUACUCCACAGGGCAAACAUUUAGCCUGCCUGUCUGUGUCAGCGUGCUGUCACCCCCAGUAAAUCAGCAUUAUUUUAAAAAUAAAUUACAUUUGAUUGUAUAUUAUUUUGGUUAUAAGGUGGCUCCAUCGUCAAUGGAGCUAUAUCAUCAGCAGCAUUUGGGUGAACUGGUUUUACUUUUCCAUGAGAUUUUAGGAGGUAAACGAACUGGAUGCAAAAAUACUCAAAACUCAUUUUACAGUAUUUACUCAAUUAAGCUGAAUCUUGUGAAGGCUUGCGUAUAUAUAUGUGUUUAAGUAUAAAUAGACUAUGAAUUUUAUUUUUGUACAAUAAAGGUGUAUAAUAAGAUAUUGUAUAUCAAAUUAUAUACGUGAUCAUGCUAAUCACCAGUCCUCUGUGGUAAAGAACCCAGUCAAGUAAAAAAUAGUGCACCUUGCUGUCCAUUAAUGGUUUCAUCUUAUUUAUCUUCUGUCUUUCAAUGAUUGGACAUCAAUCAAUUUUUGAAUCAACCAACUGAGCAAGAAAGACGUUAAGAAUGAAAACCUCAGGCUACAGAGCGUGGGUUGUUGGAAGUUGAGCAAUUCUGACUGAUGAAGACUUCCCCAGAAAAAGAGCCACAUGUGAUUCACCUUCAGUCUCAGAAAAAAGGAAGGACAAGGAUAUUUGAAAGACUUUGUCCGACUUCUGGAUUUAUUCAAUCAAUCAAAUUUUAUUGGUAUAGCCCAUAUUCACAAAUCACAAUUUGUUUCAUAGGGCUUUAACAAUGUGUGACAUCCUCUGCCCUUACUUAUUUAAGAGUAUUUAAAGUUCAAACCCGGUUCCUUUUACAUUCACACAUAAUUAAUAUCAUGAGACAAUGAAUUUGGCCACACACUGGUGACAGACCAAAAUAGAAAAACCUGAAAAAUGAGUGGAGAAAUAUGAUAGCAAUAACUAGGGGUUACGGAAUGAUGUGGCCCUGUGAGAUUUUCGACUAAUGUUUCACAGAUAUCUCUAUCCACCACCAUCAUCAAAACACAAAAUGAGGGAAUAUCUUUUGGAAGAAUGAUGUUCAUUUCCCCAGUAUGCGCCCAACGUAACUAUCACACUCAAAGUGGGUUUUGCCAUUGCUUUGUCACCUGUCUGUAGCUAUAGCCUCUAUUUGUCCUGAAUGAUGCCAGCAUGUGUUAACACCACUCUUAUAACGUGACACACAAUAUGUAGACAUGCAGGAUAACACUAAUGCAUCCAUGUCUUUAUGCUGUACAAAUUUAAAACUAUAUACUGUAUACUUGUAUGCACUGCAUUCAAACUGUUGGCUUGAAAUCAUCACACAACAGUUUAUUGUAUUGUAUUGUAUAUUGUGAGCACUUAAGGCAGAUUUAUACCACUGCUCUGGGGCUACCAGGAUUGUAGCAAUCUGGAGAAGUUUAUCAUCUUGAUUCAAACUGCAGAGUGUCCCAAGGAAUUACGAUCGUAUUUACCGUCUUUGGCAUUGCUCAGUAGCAAUUGUGGCUUUAUGAAGGGAGUAAAGAAGAGUUUGCAGCCCCAGUAAAUCAGUUAAUGUUGGGCUUUUUUCCCUCAAAUCAUAAGAAAAUGUUACGUGUAGAGUUUUGGGCGAUGUGACUGGGGCUACAUCCACACUUCUACAUUUUCAUUUAGAGACACAUCAACUCUACGGAUAAGCCUGGUGUCCUCAUAACUUGGAGCCACCUAAUCUGAGAAAUUUGAAAAGGCUAGUGGCCCCAUGCAGCAGAGGAGCUGUUAUUUGAGCAAUUUGCGACAAUUACUGCGUCCAGCAGGAAGCGCAUUCCUUCCUGUUUACACUGGGAUGUGCAUGCCCAGUGUUUGUGGGUGGCCACAUGAUAUGUAUUUUCAGGCGUGUUAGUAUGGACGGGGAUUAUAUCUUAUAUGGAGCCAAAAUGUGGACAGGGAUCGUUUUAGUUUGAAAACACCAUUUUCAAAUGAAAACGUAGUGGUGAUGUAGCCUGGUUGUGUAGCACGUUGUAAUGUCAAGAAGGCGUCAGUGUCCCAUGUUAGGAGAGAGCAAAGGUCAAGAGUGCAUUCUACCAAUGCUCCUUCCACAAGAGAGGCUUCAAAGUAAGGAAGGGAAGGACAUCCAUAAACUCAAGGGACAUUUUAGAGUUUUAUUUAAGUUGUUGCAUAUGUGUUAUGUACUUUUGAAGUCUGUUGUUAAUAUACUGCUCGCAGAUAUAGGUUAUCAGUGGUGAGAAGAACAGUACUUUCCAUUCGCCCUGUUCUCAGAACAGAGGUCUGGGUAAGCUCUCAGAAAAAAAAUCUGGAUUUUGUUUAUGCAGGAUCACAUGUACUAAGGAUGUAAUGAACCUCUCUGUAUCAUCCACCGUCAGGUUCACUGAAUGCAUGUUUCAUAUAGCCACAGAACAUUUUGGGUCUAAACCAAUCAACUGCUGAGAUUGUUCAAAUAUAUACCAUGUAUGGGUUGGUGAUAAGAAAGGAAUAGUGAAGCCCUCCUCUCAGUUCCAGCAUUAUAAAGGAGAUGUAACCCUGAGAGCGAGGAUCUGAGGUAAAUCUCAGAGGAAGUUUAUGCAGAGGACUGAAGAAUCUGAGGGAGAAUAGCUAAGAGGAUUUAAGCAAGAAUCACAUCUUGUUUUAGCAAGGAAUUAUCUAUUUUAUUUUAUUUUCUGUGCUUCACUUACAUUGAUAUUUAAUCUUUCAUAUAUUUUAUGACUUUGUAUUUGCUUCAUUGCUCAAUAAAACUAAGUAGAUCAUUUUGAUCUAUUGAAACACA